UUCCGAAAUGCGGAAGUAAACAACAAUGGAAUCUUUAAAUUUUAUUUCGUUAUUUUUGCUUUUUAAAGUAAUUACCUGCCAGCCUGGACAAAACCCAGGGCCAGAUGAUGUUAUAGUGAUACAGGACUUGCAUGGACGGUGCAAUAACAUUUGGAACCCGCUGGUGAAAAAAGUUCAGGAGAGAAAUAGAUACCAGCUGCUAUCACACGCUCAAGAACUGAAUUUCUAUGAGAGAGGACAAGACUGUGUUGUUACUUUGAUAGGGAAGCUUGAUCAUCAGUGGUCUAUACGGAUCCAGAGUUUUGAUGUGUACGGGCAGACAGAUGCUGCUGGGAUACCUAUUAAUUGUUACGAUUAUGUGAAAUUUUAUGAUGCUGAGAGAUGUGACAAUGCGAAGCUGUUAAAGGGGAUUGAUUUCCGGACCGGACUUUGUGGCACACUUUCAGAGACCCAGAUUGGUACGCUGGAGUUUACCACCUGUGCAAAUGUCCUCACCAUACAAUUCUUCACUGACAUUACUAAGGGUUCCAUCUACAAGAACGGGUUUUCUAUCGAGCUCACCCAGUAUUUGUGGACCAAUCCAACUGGAGGGCCUGACUGUGAUUUUGACCUGAACGGCAUUGCAGCGGGAGUGUGGCGAGAUGGUACGUUCAAUGAGUUUCAAAACACAUGGUCUGAUCAGCCGGUCAUUCCCGGGUAUGUGGAAGGAGGGAAUGAGGCCAACUAUGACAAGGAGAUUGACGGAAUUACGUGUUACGAGUGCGUUAACUGUCCAGUUGAACCGUUUGAACCGGAGAAAGACGGGACAGCCACAGAUACAGGAUGUUAUAGGUGCUCCAAGGAGUGGGACCAAGAAUACCAGGUUGCCAGAAGGAAAUGCUACAGCAGAGUUGACUACACAAACUUCAUAGAGGCUUUAAGAGAAAUAAACGAGCCCUUCAUUGGCUGCAGACAAAGUGUAGAUGACUUUUCCCGGACGAGGAACUACUGCUUCUGUGAUACAGAUCUGUGUAACGAGGGCACAAGAAGCUUUAUAAACUACAUAACAAUGUGCUCUCUAGUGCUGGUUACAAUGGUUUUGAGGUUAUUGUAGGGAGAUGGUUUUAAUGGUUGAUAUAAUUUUAUUUAUAGGAUGUACAUCAAACAGGUUACUAAAUUUAUAUACAGUUAAACCCCGUUGACUGGACUCCUUUUGUUCCAAUUCCUGUUGGCUCAAACUGGAUGCAAAGGACCAGUUUCUUUAAACUAAAGGUAAGCAAUCAAACUUGGUUCAAAAUUAUUGAGGCUCAAGGUAUGUUCGCUGUUCCCUGAGAGUUUGAGCCAACGGGGUCAGACUGUAUCUAAUGUUUAGAACUUUGUGUUUAAAUCACGUUUUAGGGAACACUAUAUCAUUCAAGUUCCAUUUUACAUGUCAAAUUUUGGUUUAGAUUUUAAGAAUCAACUUGUGUGUGAAACUAAUAAUAUUCAGUAGAUUCUAUUAAGUGCUACGGGUGGCAUUAUUGUAUUUCUAAAAUUACAGUAAAUUGGUUAUUUGUAAAAUUAUCAUAAUUCGGCAAAUUAAAUUUAGUAUUUAAAUCCAAACAUAUCAUGGCCAUUGUAAAUUUUCAUUUAUUGGAUAAUUACACUUUUUAUUUAAAAAUACAUAUCAGGGUUUUUUGAUAAUACCCUUUUUAAUGGUAUAUAGAGUAUGCAAUACUCAUUUUAUGUUCAUAAUAAUUAUGUAUAUGAUGUCUUCAUUUUACAAUUAUAUAUUCAUAUCUUACAUACAUAUCAGUUUUAAAUAUGUGAUUUUUUUAUGUCAAUUGCAAUUUUGUGAAAAAAAUUAUGUGCACCAUUCCAAAUUUUUGCUAUAUAGAGAAUACAUGUAUUAAAAUAAUAUUUGGCGUUUCUCUUUGUGAAAGAAAGUCAAUGGGUCAAAGGAAUUGUCAUUGCCUUGGUGCUUUCAUCUGGAUGGUCAUCAUACAAACACUUAUUUUUGCCGUAACUUAAACAUAUAUAUUGACAUGAAAAAUUUACCAGGAUAUUCAGAUAUUAAAGAAACAUAAUUAUGUGUAGCAUGGCCCAUAACUCUGGAUAUAGUAAUUAUAGAGUUAUCCCACAUGACCAUGAAAAACAGACAAACUUUUGCAUCCCCUUGCAAAAAUAUUGUUAUAUCACACGCGAACAAGUAUGUGAUUUGUCUGCAGAUUUCCUUGGAUCCUAUGACUUGUGGACCCCCCCCCCCCAAAAAAAAAACAACUACUUUUAUAAUUGAUUAAAUAAUGUAAACUGAAUGCAAAGAGAGCCCACAAAAAGGUCAUAAAAAGCCAGUUUUGCCUCUGGGCAGGGGGGUGCUUUACUCCUUAGGAAGCCUAGAGCGGCCCCAACCCCCCUUGCUGAAAUUCAUUGGUUUCAGCUGCCAGGUCAGUCACAUCCCUUGACUUAUUGUUCAUUUCAAAUUUGUGAUAUUUUCAAGUAUAUAUUAACAUGUACAGUCCAACAGGUUUCGAUAUUCAUACAUACCGUAAUUAUUCAAUUAAUCGCCCAUCCUCUAAUAAUUGUUCUAAAAAUGUGCAACAAUAUUGCCUCCUCUAAACAUGCUACACCAUUUUAAAAAACAACAACAACACCAUACCUUUCAAAUUAGUUUCCGGAUUUCCUGCUUUAAAUACAAUCUUACUUCACUUUUUUUGUCUUUAUGUCAAAAUAAUAUAAUGAUGACUGAUUUUAUCUUGGUUAAAAUCAAUUGUCUCUAAUCAAACACCCAUCCCCUACUUUGAACUCGGGUGCGAUUCUGAUAAACGCAUGGGUGAUAAAUAGAAUAAUAAUGGUACAUGUACAGUCGAACAGGUUUUGACAUUCAUACAUAUAUUGCAUUUUUUAUGUGUUUUUAUAUAAACCGGCAUGUUUUAUGUAUGUGGUUAUAUAUAGGAUUUUGAACUGGUUUCAGAAAAUUUCUCAUUUGUUUGAUUUGAUUAUAAUUAUGCACAAUAAAUCAAAUUUCACAACACAUACACGGUUAAAGGUUGUUAAAUGUUGCAUGUGCCAUUUUUAUAUUCAAAUAAUCUCUUGUUUAUCACCUACAUUUCCAUUUCCUGUUGUACCACGCUUAACAUUAAGAAUUGCAGUUUUAUUACUUAACAGACAUGACAUGAUAAUUUGGUUCCAUCCUGCUGAAGACACAAUAUAUUCUAAGACAGUUAGAACACAUUAUAUAUAAUCUUGCUCGCUUGCACCACUCUUCUUAAUCAGUGAAAUUUUACAAUAUGUUACCAAACUAUUACUUAAACAAUGGGCCACUUGUUCAGAACUUUGUUAAAGUUAACAACAUGAUUACCGUAAGAAGAUCAUUGUUAACUAUUAAAAGUGAAAUAAUCAACAAUGUGCUCAUACAUUUAACUAAAUCAAGUUCAGCUGAAACAGUUACCUCAAAUCUUGUUCAAAUAAUGAACCUCUGAAAGGCAACUACAAUGAUGUCAAAGAUGCACUCUUACUCCCAAAUAAGAUUUACCACAAUUAAUACAAUUGUUUGAUAUACCAAAAAGGAUGAAUAAAUGUCGAAAAACAAUGGUUCUUAUGAAGGAUACCAAGUUUAAUUUGAAAGAAAAGUGCAGAAAACAUGGUAUUUCUACAUUAUGAGAUAUAGUAGGUCACAGCUAAUCUUUAAGCACUCGCCAAUCAUUUAAUAAUUUUGGUUUUUCAGUUUUUGAAUAUGGUACACUGUUACAAUCUUGUUAUCAGUAAUUAAUAAUGCAUGCAUCAUUAUGUAAAUAGUUAAUGGUUUAUCGCUCAAAGAUUAUGUUUGUUAUUCAUGUGUAUGCAUUAAUUUUGAAUAAGAUUGUCACUUUAAAAGUUCUGAACAAUCGACCCAAUAUUGCAUAAUGCUAAACAUGGCAUACAUCUGUUGCAGAAUGUUAUGUUGUUAUGCUAAGUAUGAGCUGCUGUAAUAUUAGUAAUUGCUGAAAUGUUGUGCAUAAAAAAUAUUUCAUGAUCAGAUUUAUAUGUAGUUUAGUAUUUUUUUACAUGCAUUUAUCAAUUUGAAUUGGUUUCAAAACUAUAUAUUGUUCACUGGCUCAGCCUCUUUCUAAAUGAACAAAUAUACCCGGUCAUAAUCAGUAAUGGCCGUUAAAAAUCUUUAAUGGAAAUAAAUAUUGCAAUCAGAUUGGACAAAAUAUAAUUUCAAACACUAAAUUCUCUUAAAUGCCACUUUAUUUUUCACAAAGAUUAUAAAUUUGUCAAUGUUAAACUUGCAAAAAUUAAUAUGUGUUGAAGGGAACUUAUUUUUUGUUUGGUAUAAUAUCAAUAUAAAAUCAAUGAAAAUAACCAAAUUGUUUUAUCUUUUAAAGAUUCAGGGAACAAUUUGUUGCUCAUUGGAUUUUAAUUAUAUUAUACUUCCAAUUUUACUUUUUCAUUCCUUACACUGUAUAAUAGAGAACAAUAAACGUAGAAAUUCUA